CGGGCAACCAAGAACGUCAGGGGCCUCUUUCAUCUGCCCUAUCAGCUUAGACUGAAAUCUCUAAGAAUGUACAGCAGUCGAUAUCGGCUUUUGCGGGGGGAUCUCAUAAUGGUUUACCAGAUUCUGAAGAACCCAAACCACAUUUGCCGUCCGCUGCUGGAAUUGAACCACAACACUAAACUAAGAGGUCACCCUCUGAAACUGACAAUUCAUUAUAGCCGGCUUGAAUGCCGUAGAAAUUUCUUUUCUCUCCGCGUGUGUGAGCCUUGGAAUGCCCUCCCUAAUUAUGUCGUCUCUGCUCCCAAUCUGGCGAUAUUUAAAAAACGUGUUGACGAUGCAUUGUCUCACUUACAUUUCAUUUUAUGACUUGUUAGCCAGGGGCUACAAAACGCAAUCAAACGGUUUCUUGCCAAACGCCUAACCAUUGGAUUUAUGGAUUUAUACGUUUAAUAUGCGAACAUCUCCGCUAUU